CGAGAAUUAACGAAAUUUACAAAGAAACAGAGAAUAGGAUAAAAGUUGAUGGGAAAGUAUCUGAAAAGUUUUGGACAACGAAAGGAUUAAGGCAAGAAUGUCCACUAAGACCUACCUUAUUCUCGUUAUAUACGGCGGACCUGGAAGAGAAAUUGAGAGAAAGACAAGCAGGAGGAAUGGUGACCGGAAAAGAGUAGUUUUGGUCACUGUCGUACGCAGAUGACAUCGUACUAUUAGCAAAACAUCCGCAGGACUUAAAGGAAAUAAUAAACAGAAUGAAAAAGUACUUUGAAAGAAGAGAGUUAAUGCUAAACGCUGGAAAGUCGAAGAUAAUAAUUUUCAAGAAAAGAAGAAGUUAGAAGAAAAAGGAGAUAUGGAAAUGGGGAGAUGAAGAAUUAGAAGAAGUGAAAGACUUCAAAUACCUAAGGUAUCACUUCCAGAAAAAUGGAGGAACGGAGAUGCACUGGAGAGAAACAGCGAAAAAAGCGAUGAUAGUGAUGAAGCAAACAUGGGGAAUAGGCGAAAGAAGAUUCAAAAACAACUUUGAAAGAAGGAUGAAGAUCUAUAGAAGUUUGGUGAAAAGCGUUAUGAUGUAUGCAGCAGAGAUAUGGGGAUGGAGCGAAUCGGAGAGACUUGAAAAACUACAUACAAAGUACAUAAAAUGGGUAUUAGGAUUGGAUUUCAAUACAUCAACAUAUAUAGUAAUGGAUGAAACAAAGGAGGACAAAAUAAGAAUAGAAGCAGGCAGGAGAGCGGUGAGAUACGAAGAAAAAACAAGGACGAAAGGAAUUAACAAGAUAAUACUGGAAUGCUGGAAAGAGAUAGAUACAAAAUGCGAGAGGAAAAGAUCGAAAUGGGAAGAACAGAGAAGACAAUACUACGAAGAGAAAGGAAUAGAAAUAAAGGAUGUCAAAACUAGAUGUACGGGAGACCUGACGCUAGCAGAAAAUCUAUCACAGUUAGACAGAGCAGAACAGUGCUAAUCUUUUUAUGAUAGAAUAGUAAUAGGAAGGUAUAACGGAAAAUACAGAGGAAUAAGGGAGGAAAACCGAGCUUAUUAUCUGAAAGCAGAAUACAACGGAAGGGACCAGUCAAUGAUUGCAAGGUUCAGAUGUGGGAAUGAAGAAAGAGGCAACAGAUACUGGAAAAAGAAAGAGGACAACGUCUGUAGAAUGUGUGGAUUAGGAGAGGAGACAGUAGAACACUUGUUAGAAGAAUGAAGGGAAGGGGAAAGGGAUAAUGAUUUAAC